AUGGAUAAAGUGAUUCAAUCAGACAAUGAUCAUGUUGCGAUUAUGAACGACGGUGCAACCACCUUAAAUCAGAUGAGCCUCGUCCAUCCUACUGCAAAAGUGCUUGUUGAGCUUACAAAAGCUCAGGAUGUUGAGGCAGGUGAUGCAGCAACUAUUGUGAUAGUAAUUGCUGGAGUCCUUCUAAAUGCAGCUCUAACUCUUUUACAGAAGAGAGUUCGUCCUACCACUAUCUCUGAGUGA